AUGGAUGUAAAUGGUGUUGAGGAUUCCUUCCUAUCGGAAAAUAAUGAAGAAUGGGCCUUUCUCAUCAACUCUGAUUAUUCGGAUGGUGAGAGCAAUGAAAAAUCAAGAAAAAAAGUAGCAGAUUUCAAUAAUGCAUCCUAUAGUCACUACUCACCAUUAUUGGCGCCUAACGUGGAUAAUGUGGCAACAUCAUCAACAGGUGUGAUCAGGGUUGUGUUAUCAGGGAAUGACCACAGUGGUGAUGAUGAUAAGAAAAAUGAAGUUGACGUUAGAGAGCCUCUGCCUGGGAAUCAUGAAAGACAUCUAUGGACUGAAAAAGAGAGGAGGAAGAAGAUGAGAAACAUGUUCACUGAUCUUCAAGCUUUGCUUCCUCAUCAGCUUCAUCAUCCUAAGGUUGACAAGUGCAGUAUUCUUGAUGAAGCCGUGAAGCAUAUAAAGAGACUUGAAAGUACGUUGAGCGACCUCCAGAGACAGAAGUUGGAAAUCCUUGAAAGUUGGAAAACAACAACCAUUUUGGGCAUGGGUGCAGAUGAAUGUGGCACAUUUGCUUCCAACGACAAUGCUACGAUGAUGAUGAGGAGCAUCCCACAUAUGACAUCUUCUAUAUCUUCUCCUGAUGUCUUUAAAACAUGGACCUCUCCUAACAUGACACUCAAUAUGUGUGGCAAUGAUGCACACAUUAACAUUUGCUGUUCUAAGAAGAUUGGUGUCCUAGCUGCCAUUUGCUCUGUGCUUGAGAAGUACAAAAUUGAUGUCAUAUCUGCUCAUGUCUCAUCAGAUCAUAAUAGGAGCAUGUACAUGAUCCAUGCUCGUGUGAUAGCAGGUGUUUAUGAACGUCAAUUUCCAGUGGAAGAGAUUUACAAGGAAGCCGCAAGAGAGAUUAUAGGAAUUUGUGGGUAA